GGACCGGACAGAGAAGGAAAGAGCAAUUACCUACCCAGGCAACGCCACCGCAACAAAGAAUUCUUUCUAUGACUAAGCGUUGAUCUGGGCCUGGGAAACUCAGGUACGAACUGCCGAGCUCCAUACAGGUACUACGGUCUACAGGCAAUCCGCCAACCUGCCUGGUCCUCUGCUGCGGAGACCCACCCCGAGACCGACCUCAACAUCAAGAAAUGAGACGGCCCCUUCUCAAGCUGCAGAACCUGCCAAACUGGUUGCGCACUCGCUUCUUCUCCGGAACCCCAGACCACGCCCGCUUCAACCACGGCACCAUGACGACAAUCACCGCCCCGGACAUCGUUCGCCUCUCGGCGUCUGAGCUCCAACACCUUCUCAGUACCGAGAAGCUGACGAGCGUCGACCUCGUGAAGGCUUCAUUGGCUCAAAUUGAUCGCCACAACAGGAAAGGCCUCACCCUCCAAGCUGUCAUAUCCGUCGCGCCCGACGACAUUGUGUUGGAGAGGGCGGCGAUGCUUGAUGCCGAGCGUGCCCGUGGAAGAGUUCGCGGUCCGUUCCAUGGAAUACCCAUUCUUCUCAAGGAUGUUGUGAAAACGCACUCCGACCUGGGCAUGCCCACAACACUUGGAAACUUUGCUUUCCUUAACGCGAAGGCAAAUGACAGCGCCGUCGUUGUGGACAAGUUGUUGGAAAAGGGCUUGAUCAUCAUUGGCAAGACAAAUCUUAAUGAGCUCUCAAGCUGGAAAGCGAUGGGGUCAACCAACGGCUGGUCUGCGGUUGGUGGGCAGACCACCUCUGCCUACGUCGAAGGCGGCGUGAAACGAGAGGAUGGCGUAAUGGGCCACAACAAUCCAUGUGGAGCCUCCACGGGCUCUGCGGUCGGCGUCUCAGCUGGAUUCGCCCCCAUCGCUCUCGGAACCGAGGUUGACGGCUCGCUUGUACAGCCAUCGGCAAGAGCUGGCCUCUACGCCCUCAAGCCAACCAUCGGAUCCACUGAGCUCAAGGGCAUCUUCGCCGUAUCUGAAGACUUCGAUGCUCUCGGCGGAAUGGCGAAGUCGGUCAUCGACCUUGCCCACCUCACGGAGCUCGUCCUUACCAAGGAGGAGAGAGAAAAGCUACCGGCCGAUGGUUACCUGUCCUUCCUCAAGAAGAGCUUUGCUGGACUCCGCGUUGGAUUCGUGGACCCGGAGGUCUGGAGGUGGCCGGAAAACGUCCAACGCCAACACGGCAACUCACUAGAGCAGCUCAGGUCUGGCUACACAACAGUCAUGGAACGCUUGAAGAGCCAUGGUGGCACCGUCACCUAUCCAAUUUUACUUCCAGCGGCGUCCGAGUUUAUGCUCGACGGCCAGCCCGCGACACUCACAGCCAUCAGACACGUUUUCCGGGAGAAUGUGGAGAGCUAUUUCAACUCGCUGAGUUCGUCCGCAGUCAGAACGCUACCAGAACUCAUUCAAUUCAAUAACGAAAAUAGCGACAAGGAGCUCCCACCUGACUUCCCUGAACAAGGCCGCCUGAUCGACACCCUAGAGAACGUAAUCGAUCGCCAAACUUUCGAGAAGGCCAUAAAUGUGUGCCGCACCACCGGCCGCGACCAAGGCGUUGAUAAGGCGCUGAGCGAGCACGACCUGGACCUUGUUGCGCUCCCGAUGGACUCGCCGGCCCCGAGAAUUGCAGCGGCCGCAGGAUAUCCCAUUGCCACGGUGCCACUCGGAACCCUCGACCACAACGGUCGGCCGUUCGGCCUUGCUAUCAUCGCAAAGGGGGGUCGUGAAGACUUGCUGUUCGCCUUUAUGAGCGCAUUCGAGGCCGUGUAUCCGCCACGGCCUGUCCCUCGUCAACUGACCGCCUGACUCGCCGGUGGAGCUAUUCUCCGCCGUCUCAUGAGGUGGUCAUUGCUGUGAUCAAUCCCGGCUUGGUUGGGUACCUCUGCCUACGCCGCAAGACAGUGUUUUCCCAAGCAUAGUAGAUUAGUGGACAACGUAGACGGGAUCCUUCAUCGAGAGUAUCAUGGCAGGACUGGGUUAAUGAAGCCUGCAGCUUCAUUACUCGAGAAAAGGAGAGAUUGUGGGCGUCGCAAAAGCAAUGAAUUGCAUCUCAAAGCCACCGAGCCAUAACCACCCA